AUGAGCCGAAGCCUAAAAGCAUUGAUUGGCCCUUCUAUUCUGAAUUCAGAUUUAUCAAGGCUUUAUGAAGAAUCUCAAAAACUUUUGGAUAAUGGUGCUGAUUAUUUACAUUUGGACGUAAUGGAUGGUCACUUUGUACCUAAUCUAACGUUGGGCCACCCUGUCGUGAAGUGCUUACGCAACAAAAUCAAAGAUGUAUUUUUUGAAACUCACAUGAUGGUUUCAAACCCUGAACAGUGGAUAAUUCCAAUGGCAGACGCUGGAGUUAACCAAUAUACAUUUCACAUUGAACCAGUUGACAAUGUUGCAGAAGUUUGUAGAAAAAUAAGGGAAAAUGGCAUGAAGGUGGGUCUUGCUAUCAAACCAGGGACACCGGUAACUGAGGUUGAAAGGUACAUUUCUAUGUCUGAUAUGGUACUUAUCAUGACAGUAGAGCCAGGCUUUGGAGGACAAAAGUUCAUGGAGAAUCAAAUGGCUAAAGUAAAAUAUUUGAGAGGACAAUAUCCACUGCUAGAUAUUGAAGUUGAUGGUGGUGUAGGACCAGCAACGAUAAGUUGCUGUGCUAAUGCUGGGGCAAAUAUGAUUGUAUCUGGAACAGCUGUGAUAGGAGCUGCAGAUCAAGCAGCAACUAUCAGAUCACUUCGGGAAACCGUUCAACAAGCUAUUAACAAAAACUAG